AUCGUAAUUGUUACGUCUAUGGCCACCUUUAGUGGGUAAAAUAAAGCAACAUGUGUGGAAGUGUUUAUACAAUUUUAAUAAAUAGUUAAGAUUACACUCACGGAUGUAUCUCCAGUAAAAUCGCUUCAAAAACAGUGCAGCACAUCAGUUUAUUACUCAGUAGUCCUUUAGUGUCUUUUUUAAUCCAAUACACUGGUGUCAGAUCCCCGGCUGUAAUUUAAAAUAAUGCACUAUAUUCUUUAUCUGUCCUUUUCCCCCUUAAUGACCUAGAGUCUUUGAGGUACAGCAAUCUAAUUGUAGAAAGCGUCUAUUGGAGGGUGGAGGAGAGCCCUAUUGAUUGCAGGAUUGGGGAGACACCUUUAUAAUUUAAAAGAUCAACUAUUUGUAAUUAUCCGAGGGAACUAAGAGAAAUAAUUGUCUUCCUGCUCUGAUUAGCAGCCUCCUAAGCAGUCCAUGAACUGCUAUCUCUUUCUAUUUUCUUGUUUUUAUGUACUGUACUUAGAUGGUGUUGAUAGUGUACCUCUUAGUCCCUUUUCUACAGGCAAUGUGUUGUACAAUAUACACUAUAGGCUCCACACUCCAGUAGAUAAGGGGGCAGAGCUGACCUGCCAAUAGUGAGUUGCCUGGGAAAACAAUGAGCCAUAGUUAUUAUACACGAGCAACCCUGUGACUGCUGCUGGGGUUCCAGUCUAGCAGAUAUUGGAGGCGUUGACAGAUAAUUCGUUUCACUAUAUGUUUAUCAAAAAUGCCUUUCCAAGGUGGGAUGGGGCUGAAAUAUUGUUACUGUGGGGACCGCUGACAAAUUGCUUCCUCUGCAGGAGUAAAGUUCAUUCUGACAGCAGUAACGACUUUUAAACAAGAAUAAAGUGCUGUAAAUAUUAGUGAGGCAGGUAAGAAAGACAAGGCAGGAGUAAGGGACAGUUGUCUAUGUGGGCGCAGCUCACCCGCUCUUCUUCAUGUGCACAAACAGCGCCAGGUCUCCAGUCAGGGCGCUUCCAUUUAAUGAAUGGGGAUGACGUCGCGGAGGGCCCCACCUCCAGCUUUUAUAUAGAGUUUUUAUGUCGCUCCACAGGUCUGCGGAGAAGGCAGCAGCGGCAGCAGGUGGUCUAUAGAGGGAUGGCUGGGUGGGCGGCGGUUCCUCGGCACCGAACCUUAGAGCAGCUCCAACACGAAAGGCGGGUGGUUGCCCCCCCUGAGGAGAAGUGAAUAGGACGGGCAGGAGGAUGUUGGAUCCCAUCUCCUCUACAAGUAUGAAGGAGCGGGACAGGAGUAACAUGACGGCGAGGGCGGAGGAGGGGGGCAACACGGUGUCCGUGGCUUUCCCACUGUCCAUGAUGAUCACGGGGCUGGUGGGCAACGCGCUGGCAAUGUUAUUGGUGUAUAAAUCGUACAAGAAGAAGGAAAGUGCGAGGAAACACUCGUUCCUGCUGUGCAUCGGCUCCCUGGCACUCACAGACUUCAUAGGACAACUUCUCACCAGCCCCAUUGUCAUCUCCGUGUACCUGUCCAACCGGCAGUGGGCUAAGGUGGAUGCCUCGGGGCACCUGUGUCCUUUCUUCGGACUGUGCAUGACUAUGUUCGGCCUGUGCCCACUGUUUAUAGCGAGCGCUAUGGCGAUAGAGCGCACCCUGGCCAUCCGCACUCCUCACUGGUACUCCUGUCACAUGAAGCCCCGCGCUACCAACAUGCUGCUCCUCUGCAUCUGGCUCGGGGUGCUGGCCUUUGCCCUCCUGCCUAUCCUCGGGGUGGGACAGUACACGCUGCAGUGGCCGGGCACUUGGUGCUUCAUCAGCACAGGAGACAGCGAGGCGCCGGGGAACAUCUUCUUCGCUUCAACGUUCGCCUGCCUCGGACUUGUGUCGCUCUUUACCACUUUCGCUUGCAACUUGUCGACCAUCGUCGCCUUGGUGUCCCGGUGUAAGCGCAGGAGCAGCACGUCCCAAGCGAGCAGGCAAUGGGAAAGGAUCACGUUAGAAACCCUCAUCCAACUCAUGGGCAUCAUGUGCGUCCUGUUUACCUGCUGGUCCCCUCUCCUGGUAAUCAUGCUGAAAAUGAUGUCCAAUCAUACUUCAGUUGAACACUGCAAGCCAAAAGAUUCAGAGCAAAAUACAGAGCUACAGAAAGACUGCAAUUUCUUUUUGACUGCUAUCCGUCUGGCCUCACUUAACCAGAUACUUGACCCAUGGGUUUACCUCUUGCUUCGACAAAUUCUGCUCAGGAAAUUUUGCCAAGUAGCAAAUGCUGUGUCAAACUGCUCACAUGAUGGACAGAAACAACAGCCAAUGAUCCCCACAAAUGAAAUAAGACCAGCUGAAGGAUGAUCUAUAUUUGUUUUUAUUUAUUGAACUUUGGGACUUGAAAAAGCCAAGCAAAGCUUUAAAAUGAAAUGGCCUGAGUGGUCUCUAUUUUGAGUAAGCAAAGUACUAUUUAUGAAGCUGCUAAAAUGAUAAUAUAUCUUCUCGUACGUGGCAAAAUGUUUAUACUGAAAUGACUGUAGUGACUUAAAGGAUAAACUAUACAAAGAAACAAAUGUGAUAUCGCAACAGCAUGUUACUCAAGAAGAUACACUGUUGGCAAGACACCCUACCAACAAAGGUUAUCAGCUGUGUGCCAGAUAAUGCUUGUAUCAUUAAAGAAGAAAAAUAAACACAUUGGCAUGGGCUACAGCCUAUUUAUUAUUAAAAUACUUAAGAUAUUCAUUUUUAAAUUAUGUACAGGUUUACAAUUAAACUAAAAAUACAGGGAGAUGUGAGUACUCUAGUGUACUGAUCUCAACGAUAUAGUGCUCAUACAUAGAUGAACUUCUAUUUAAUGCAGAUUCUAUUGUUUGGUAUACAAAUAUGUGCUCAUGUCCACUUAGAGACAAGUUAUGACAUAUGUGAAUGGGAAACCAACAAUCAAUAGCACAAAUCACCAUUUUUAUUGCUGCAAGUAGCAGCAAUCAAACCUUCUUAGGUUCCAUUGUUCUUUUAUUGUCUAUACUAUUGAAGCAAAUAUUUCAAUUACAUUACAUUUUGUUUCAAGCCCUAUGAAGCACUUUCAUCUUUAUAUGUCUUUGGAACUUGCUUAUCUGUAAUGGCAAGGCUUUUUACUUAACAGAUAGAGACAUAGUUAAUUGUUUAGUUCAAUACCUUGCUCUAACUAAGAAACAAAUUUGGAAAAUUGUCAGAAAACUUUCUUCUUCUUUUUGCCAAAGCGAAUGCAAUUUUAUAUAAUUGAGUACUGCCAACAUUAGAGAUACUUCCUCAAACUAUUAACCUUUAAAACCUAAGAAAUUUUAUGCAAUUCUCAACAAAACAAACAUAUUUGCAGGUGUCUGCAACACUUUACAAAUACUAUUAAUGUAUCA